UCAAAUACUACCUAGUAUGUGCAACAUUACAUUCAGUAAGGUUCUAUAACUUGCUGACCAACCGGUUUCAAGACAUAUUUUCGGUAGAAAAGCUCUGAUUUUCAUCAUAUGUAUGUUAAGCACUGCAAGUUUGCACAGAGGAAGAAAAUAUUCAACUUCGGUUAGGAAUUUGGUUGCAAUAAAUCUCGGAAUUUGUAAUGCUUUGUCAUUGUUUCAUUAAAUAUAAGCAUAUGCCCAGGAUGAAAAGAAAGCAGAAGUUACAACUUGCUUUUUGAACUCCAGUUUGGUACUUAUACGAGUACUGUUUUGGUUCAAAUUUCCCAGCCGACCAGGCUAAAUCAUUUUAUAUCACUAUUACAAUUUAAUAAUUGUUGUGCCAAAUGUGUCAGCAAGUUUUUCUUAUUUUCUAUGCUGUGGUUUAAAGGAAAAUAUUUUGGUUUCAUUCAGUGGCACUGCUCAGCGUUAGGUUUUAUCAUAGUUUUUCAUCGUACAGAAAAUGUCCACUUCCGUACUUCUAAAUGGUUUUGGAAGACCUGAAAGUGCCCCACCAAUAAACCUGGAUAACGACACCGGCGGCGGCAGCCGAUGGGAAGUUCGUAGUGAAGAAAACUGCACUUGUUAUGUAGGGGAUGGAGCGCAGUCAGCAAGGGGUCAAUCGUGCAGAGACUGGAAGAGGAAACUGCGCCGGUUCUGCUCCAUAGAAAGCUGGAGACGCCGUCUGCCCAUUACACUAUGGCUGCCUAAAUACUCCUUGCAGGAUCUAAAAGGAGAUUUAAUCGCCGGUUUAACCGUCGGGAUGACGACAGUGCCACAAGCUUUGGCGUAUGCUCAGAUUGCCGAUCUACCGCCUGAGUAUGGAUUAUACUCGUCGUUCAUGGCUUGUUUCGCUUACGGUCUGUUUGGGACGUCCAAAGACCUUACACUGGGAGUAACGGCUGUAAUAUCGCUGCUCACCUCCGAAUGCAUUCCCGGAAAAGCAGAUAUGUACGAGCGUACGCGGUACGCAGUAUUAUUGGCGUUUCUUGUCGGUGUGUUCCAGAUCGCCAUGGGCGUCUUCCGCCUAGGUUUUCUUUUUAAUCUCGUGUCCCACCCGGUUCUCAGCGGAUUUACAACAGCCUCAGCGUUUGUGAUCAUGUUUAGUCAGAUUAAAAAUCUACUGGGCAUCCCGGGCGGACACACGACGGACACAGUCAUGCAGCAAGGGACGCAUUAUGUCAUGAACAUUCAUAACUUAAGGGGGUGGGAUUUAUUAAUGGGAACAUGUUGCAUAAGUGGAUUGGUCAUUUUCCGAAUGAUCAAGAUACCUAGGAAAUCUCAUGCUGGAAGCUUCGUCCGGGAAACAUGGAGGAUUAUUGUGGCAGCUCGCUACGGUGUCGUAGUAAUCAUUGCCACCCUAGUGGCAUUCCUUUUACAACGCUAUGGGUAUCCGGUACUAUCUUUAACUGCCGAUGUUAAUACAGCGCUGCCACCUUUAGCGCCGCCAAAAUUUUCAUGGAAUAACCAAACCACAGCCGAAAACAUCGAAGACAUGCUGUCCGGAUUACCAUUUGUUGCCCUGAUUAGCGCAAUGGAAACUAUUGCCAUUGCCAAAGCAUUUGGCAAUAAAUUUGGGUAUGCAGUGGAUGCAACGCAGGAACUAAUGGCCAUUGGCGUGGCAAACUUCCUUUCUUCCUUCGUAUCGGCGUACCCUGUAGCCGGAAGCUUUACCAAAUCUUCCUUAAAUGCUCAAAGCGGUGUACGGACGCCUUUUGGUUGUUUUGUCACCGGAUUCUUUGUCAUUGUUGCUCAACUUACGAUGGCCCAGGCCUUCUGUUACGUUCCGAAAGCGGCUUUGGGUGCAGUGAUCCUUGUGUCGGUGGUUAUGCUUAUCGAUGUCAAAAUCAUAAAAGAACUGUGGCAAAGCAACCGAAUCGAACUCAUCCCGCUUUUUGGAACAAUAACUUUUAGUGUCUUCUUUGGCGUCGACUACGGUUUUUUAGCUGGGAUCUCUUUCUCCUUCGCAGUGGUCAUGUACAUGCUAACAAAACCACGGUUACGCUUACAGUGUCGAACACGAAUUUAUAUGGACCGCGAACAGCCAAGUCUUACCAGGAAAGUUAUCAAUAUACAAGUGAGGCCGGAUGGAAGAAUUUUCUUCCCGGCUACAGAACCUUUUAAAAGGUACCUUAUCAAUCGCGUGCCGGAUGGGUGCCAUAUCAAACGACAAGGAGCGUUAGAACCGCUACUCCAGAAGUUGAGUGUGCAAAGGGAAGAACAAGACAAAAACGGUGACAUCGACUCUCCAAAACAUCUUGCUAGAGACACCAAAGAAGAUAAUAUAAUAUCGCCGUCUACCAAUUUACUGCAGCAGCCUAAGCAGACUGUUAUUUUUUCCGGCGCUGAUUUAGCAAAGAUUGACUUCACGUCGCUGAUGUCCUUGCACACUGUUGUGAGCAAAUUUCUCAGUGCCGGCUAUGCAGCCUACUUCGUUAAGACAUCCGUGAGUACACUGCGGAUAAUUUUGCCAAAGGAUCAAAAGGUUCUAAUUCCGGCCGGCAAAAAGUCCAGCGAACUGAUUACUUUACUGGUUGCACCCUUGAGUUGGCGGGAUCGUACUAUGUCGGUGCCGGUUGUAAUCGACAUGGAGGACCUGGACGAGAUCAACCUCGUGGAGCCCAUGCGAGCUAAAAACCCGAAUAUCACAUAAUAGUUUAAGAUUGUUCACGGUGCUCCGACAGUCAUGCUUAGUAGAACACACGGUCACAUUAAACUAUGAUACGCGUAUUAUAUUUCUGCGCCAAAAUUAAUAAAUUAUUAGAUCACAUUGAUGUUCUGAUUUUUCAGUAAAACCCAGCUAAAUAUUUAUAUUGUAUCAAUUAGUGCAGGUAAAUAACGUGAUCGUCACUGGUGAGCCAUUUAGCAAUUUAAAAAAUUUAUAUUGGCAGACAGUUAGGGUGACCUUUCCUUAUCUCUGCAAGUUUCUUUGGCUUUUGCUGUACACUUAUCAGAGAGAGAUGAUUACUUAAUUAGUUUUGCAAUAUCCGGAUUUUGCAUCAUGUUGGCAAUAAAUUUAUGUGCCAGUAAGG